AUGGUGCGGAAGCAGAUGAUCCUCCCUCUGACCUAUUCACUAGUAGCCUACCACUACGUCACUGGGCGACCGGGACCAGUCGGAAUUCAAGGUCCAACAGGUCCACAGGGAUCUGCCGGCCCUAGUGGUUUAGCAGGGUUGAGAGGAGAGAGAGGCUCCCCAGGCCCUCUGGGACCAUACGGACCAAAAGGAGAUAAGGGUCCCAUGGGAGUUCCUGGCUUUCUCGGCAUCAAUGGGAUUCCGGGCCACCCCGGACAGCCAGGGCCCAGGGGCCCACCUGGCCUGGAUGGCUGUAAUGGCACGCAAGGAGCUGUUGGAUAUCCGGGCCCUGAUGGCUAUCCUGGGCUUCUCGGACCACCCGGGCUUCCUGGUCAGAAAGGCUUUAAAGGUGAACCUGUCCUCACCCAAGGUACUUUCAAAGGAAUGAAGGGGGAGCCUGGGCUGCCUGGACUGGAUGGAAUAACUGGCCCACCAGGAGCACCCGGGUCCCCAGGAGCUGUAGGACUCAUGGGGCCACCAGGAUUGCAAGGUCCUCCAGGCCCCCCCGGCUUCCCUGGUCCUGAUGGGAAUAUGGGGUUAGGUUUCCAAGGAGAGAAAGGAGUCAAGGGAGAUGUUGGCCUCCCAGGCCCUGCAGGACCCCCACCAUCUACCGGGGAGCUGGAAUUUAUGGGAUUUCCCAAAGGGAAGAAAGGAUCCAAGGGUGAACCAGGGCUUCCGGGUUUCCCAGGAAUAAGUGGCCCUCCAGGUCUCCCGGGAUUUGGAACUGCUGGAGAAAAGGGAGAAAAGGGAAUCCCUGGUUUGCCAGGACCUAGGGGUCCAAUGGGUUUAGAAGGACGCCAAGGCCCUCCAGGGAGUCAGGGCAAGAAGGGGUCCUCAGGUUUCCCUGGGCUUAAUGGAUUCCCAGGAAUUAAGGGUGAAAAGGGUGGCAUUGGCCUGCCAGGCCCAGAUGUUUUCAUCGAUACAGAUGGCGCUGUGAUCUCAGGUUAUCCUGGAGACCCCGGGAUGCCAGGCCUCCCAGGACUUAAAGGAGACGAAGGUAUCCAGGGCCUGCCUGGCCCUUCUGGCAUCCCUGGCUUACUGGCUUUACCAGGUAUCCCCGGUGCCCUAGGGCCCCAAGGAGUUCCAGGUCUGAAGGGGGACCGAGGAAACCCAGGCCGCACCACAGUUGGGACAGCUGGUCCCCCUGGCAGAGACGGUUUGCCAGGCCUGCCCGGCCUACCGGGCCCACCUGGUCCAGCAUUUGAGACUGGAACCCUACAGAAUGCAGAGCCAGGCUUCCCUGGUCUCCGAGGAGAACGAGGUCCAAAAGGAAACCCAGGCCUCAAAGGAAUGAAAGGGGACUUGGGCUUUUGUGCCUGUGACGGUGGUGUCCCAAACACCGGACCACCUGGGGAGCCAGGCCUGCCUGGGCCACCUGGCCUCAUAGGCCUUCCAGGCCUUAAAGGAACCAGAGGAGAUCCAGGCUCUGGGGGUGCACAGGGCCCAUCAGGGACUCCAGGUUUAUUUGGGCCUCCUGGUCCUGCGGGCCCCAAAGGAGAGAAAGGGGAACCAACUCUCAGUUCAGGAUCAGGGGUGCCGGGGCAGCAGGGUGAUCCUGGCCCCCAGGGGCUCCCUGGGGAGACCGGAGCCCCAGGCAAGGAAGGAAUACCAGGUUUGCCAGGUCUGCCAGGCCUCCCGGGUGACGGUGGACAGGGCUUCCCAGGUGAAAAGGGGUUACCAGGACUUCCUGGUGAAAAGGGCCACAGUGGUCCAACCGGCCCCCCAGGAAUUGGGCUGCCGGGCUCUCCUGGACCUCGUGGGCUUCCUGGAGAUCAAGGAAUUGAUGGAUCACCAGGGCAACAAGGCCUCCCUGGGCUUCCCGGUGAUUGCUGCUGCAGGGAGAGCGUUGGUAAAGGACACUUAGUCACAGAGGGAGGCAUCACCUUGCCGUGUAUAAUUCCUGGGUCCUAUGGUCCAUCAGGCUUACCAGGAGCUCCCGGAUUCCCAGGCCCUAAAGGGGCCCGUGGCCUCCCUGGGACCCCAGGCCAGCCUGGACUGCGUGGAAAUAAAGGAGAGCCUGGAAGUCCAGGAUUGGUUCAACUUCCUGAAUUGCCAGGAUUUCCUGGACCUCGUGGGGAGAAGGGCUUGCCUGGGUUUCCUGGGUUCCCUGGGAAAGAUGGCUUGCCCGGGGAACUUGGCAGUCCAGGUUUACCCGGUUCCAAGGGAGCCCCUGGUGACAUCUUUGGUGCUGAGGAUGGUGCUCCGGGGCAGCAAGGCCUACAGGGAUUGCCAGGGGACAGAGGAUUUCCUGGAGACUCUGGCUUUCCGGGACCCAAGGGUUUGCUUGGGAAGUCGGGCCUGUUAGGCCCCAAAGGUGAACGGGGCAGCCCUGGCACACCGGGCCACGUGGGACAGCCAGGGCCCCCUGGGCCUGAUGGUCUAUUUGGCGUCAAGGGCAAACCCGGGCUCCCGGGUGCACCAGGCUUUCCGGGCCCUUCAGGACAUCCUGGAAAGAAAGGUGUAAGAGGCGAGACAGGUCCCCCUUCAUCAGCUGGAAAGAGAGGCCUGCCGGGGCUGAAAGGCCUUCCGGGAUCUCCAGGGCUGGUUGGCUUCUUGGGGAGCUCAGGCUUGCCAGGGAACACUGGGUUGCCAGGCCUGCCAGGUCUGAAGGGUGAGAAGGGGUCUGUUGGACUGGCUGGUUUCCCGGGGAUGCCUGGUCUCCCAGGUAUUCCUGGCGCAAGUGGAUUAAAGGGCAUUUCUGGGUCAGCCGGAAGAGCGGGACCAUCUGGACGGGCCGGUGGUGCAGGUGGAAAAGGAGACAGAGGCGACCCAGGGCCAGCUGGAAUACCCAGCCCAAGACCGCCCACACUGAACAUUCGAUUCAAAGGAGACAAAGGCUCGAGAGGCUCAGCUGGAUCCACCGGAUUUCCUGGGCCCAGAGGUGACAAAGGAGAGGUUGGCCCCCCGGGGCCACCAGGAUUGCCUGGAGCUCCCGGCUUCCCCAGUACCAUCAAGGGACUCAUUGGGAGAGCAGGCCUCCCUGGCUCCGCAGGACAACGGGGCUUACCUGGCCUGAAGGGGUCCCCUGGAAUCACAGGUUUCCCAGGAAUACCAGGGGAAAGCGGUUCAAAGGGUCUCAAUGGAACUCCCGGACUCCCAGGAACAUCUGGUCUCCCAGGUUCAAAAGGAGAUCAAGGUCAGACACUUGGAAUUUCCGGUAGCCCAGGACCCAAGGGACAACCUGGGGAGUCUGGUUUUAAAGGCGAGAAAGGAACAGAUGGAUUCGGUGGUGAUGUGGGUUUCCCAGGAAGCAAAGGUGAAGAUGGGAAUGUUGGUAUUUCUGGAGAUGUUGGCCUUCCCGGCUCCCCAGGACUCCCCGGGAUUGCAGGCAUGAGAGGAAAUCCAGGGUUUCCGGGUUCUCCAGGCCAUCCAGGGGCAACUGGGCCCCUGGGACCUUCUGGCCUAAUGGGAAGCAAAGGUUUCCCUGGACUUCCUGGUUUACAUGGACUGAAUGGGCUUCCAGGAACCAAGGGAACCCAUGGAACUCCAGGACCUAGUAUAACCGGCGUGCCUGGGCCAGCUGGCCUGCCCGGUCCCAAAGGGGAAAGAGGUUCUCCAGGAACUGGCCUCGGUACCCCAGGGAAGCCAGGCGUGAAAGGACAAAAAGGUGGCCGAGGUUUCCCAGGUCUCCAGGGCCCUGCUGGUCUGCCCGGUGCCCCAGGCCUCUCCUUGCCCUCAGUCAUAGCGGGACAGCCUGGCGACCCUGGGCGACCAGGCCUAGAUGGAGAGCGAGGCCGCCCAGGCUCCCCGGGGCCCCCGGGGCCCCCUGGGCCGUCCUCCGAUCAAGGUGACCCUGGAGACCCCGGCUUCCCUGGAGUUCCUGGCCCUCAAGGGUCCAAGGGAGACCAAGGAAUUCCAGGUUUCUCCGGCCUCCCUGGAGAGCUAGGACUGAAAGGCGUGAGAGGUGAGCCUGGCUUCAUGGGGAUUCCAGGCAAGGUUGGGCCACCCGGAGACCCAGGACUUCCCGGAAUGAAGGGGAAGGCAGGGCCCAGAGGCUUUUCUGGACCCCGAGGUGCUCCUGGACAAACACCAAUUGCAGAAGCUGUCCAGGUUCCCCCUGGACCCAUGGGUCUACCGGGCAUUGAUGGCAUCCCUGGUCUUACGGGAGACCCUGGGGUUCAAGGCCCUGUAGGCCUCCAAGGCUCCAAAGGUUUCCCUGGCAUCCCUGGCAAAAAUGGUCUCAACGGACUCCCCGGCCCGCCUGGGGCUCUUGGUGACCCUGGUCUCCCCGGACUGCAAGGCCCUCCAGGAUUUGAAGGUGCUCCAGGGAAGAAGGGUCCCUUCGGGAGGGCUGGAGUGCCUGGGCAGAGCGUGAGAGUGGGGUACACGUUGGUGAAGCACAGCCAGUCGGAACAGGUGCCCCUGUGCCCCGUCGGGACGAGCCGGCUGUGGGUGGGCUACAGCUUGCUGUUCGUGGAGGGGCAGGAGAAAGCCCACAACCAGGACCUGGGCUUUGCUGGCUCCUGCCUGCCCCGCUUCAGCACCAUGCCCUUCAUCUACUGCAACGUCGACGAAGUGUGCCACUACGCCGGGCGCAACGAUAAAUCCUACUGGCUCUCCACCACUGCCCCCAUUCCCAUGAUGCCCGUCGGCCAGGCCCAGAUCCCCCAGUACAUCAGCCGCUGUUCUGUGUGCGAGGCGCCCUCGCAGGCCAUCGCCGUGCACAGCCAGGACGUCACCAUCCCGCCGUGCCCCCCGGGCUGGCGCAGCCUCUGGAUCGGAUACUCCUUCCUCAUGCACACUGCGGCGGGCGCCGAGGGCGGCGGCCAGGCCCUGGUCUCCCCGGGCUCCUGCCUGGAGGAUUUCCGAGCCACUCCUUUCAUCGAGUGCAGUGGGGCCCGGGGCACCUGCCACUACUUUGCCAACAAGUACAGUUUCUGGCUGACGGCGGUGGAAGAGAGGCAGCAGUUUAGGGAGGAACCGGUAUCUGAAACGCUCAAGGCCGGGCGGCUCCACACCCGGGUCAGCCGCUGCCAGGUGUGUAUGAAAAGCCUGUAG